AUGAGUCGAUUCUUUGCAGGAAUACUGCUGCUGUUCUGCUGGACGGCAACAGCUAUUCGGACGGAUUCGGAUGAAAUCGACUCAGAUGGUGCGAACAUGAAGAUUUGGGUCUAUACCCUCAACCUGGGAAAGCUCGGCCAGCAGGAGGACAGCAUUGCAGGAAUGGUCGACAGCAUCCUCUUGGUUGCGGGGCUACAGAGCGUCAAGCUGGUCUCCGUCAACUUCCAGGAAGCUCCAAGCGACAAAGACUUCCUCAUUCGGCCGCCGGUGGCAGGUUGGAGAGUCAUCCGAACGCGACACCUCUGCAGCGAAGGGCUCCAUGCCUUGAAGAUACGGUGCGACUUCGCUCUGUUCUCCUUCCUCUACAUCAGAGACUACAGGAGGCUAAGAGAGGCGCCUGUGGACGGCGACAUUCGGGGAGUAAGGACACUGCACUUCACGAAGGCGCACCUCCGAGAUCUCAGGGCGACUGAUGCCGUGGACGACAAGUACGCCGAAGCAUGCGGUGGUGCCGACGAGUCCAACGAAUUGCCAGAGAACUACUGGGGAGGCGUUCUGAACACUGAUGGACCUGGUGGACAUGGUGCCGACAUGGAUGUACUGAAAGCUGCACAGAGAUGUCAUGCCGUGGCCGUGGAGCAUGAAGACACCUUUGGUGUGUCGGCAAAGGCCUCCUUGAUAACUCGCUACAGACUGACCUUCGUUGCAGAGGGUCGGAACCGCGUGGCUGACUUCGUGGUGAGCACUUCGCACUUUGGUAAGAUACCGGAUAGCAAGGAGAUGUUCAAGCUAUCGUCCAGAUCACAGGAGCUGGGCGAAGCCAUGGAUGCCCUGGGAGUUGUCAACGACAACCACACCGUCCCCACCUUCAUGACCGGAGACUGGAACUUCCGCAUGGUGCCUUUUGACGACCUGAAAAAGCUUGCCAAUUUCUCAGGGCUGCAGUACACGGGACCCGUCCUCUCCAUGGUGGCUGGAAAGAUGCGAUACGGAUGGGUAAACCAGAGUCCCAUGCGCGAUGGCGUUGCCUACGAGGAGACACAUGUGGCUGCUGUGGCUUUGGAUCCGCUCAAUGCGCCGAAGCUCAGGCUUCUUCAGGAAGUGGAGGGCUUCGACCAGCUGUACAAGCACUUCGCCACUGCUUCGAAACGUAUGCCAACGUGCCGCUUCAAAGAGGGGAAGAACCGGCCCAGCGCCUUCCGUGAUGUUCCAGUGAUGGUCUUUGACGGGGACGCGAACACAACAACAUUUCGGCCUUCGGAAGACUUCCUGUCGACGGAGGAUGGAAAGUGGUCGACGUUCAAGCGAGAGGGCUACGAUCUGGUCAAGGAAGACAAGAGCAAAUUCCAGAGCUUCUCGAGAUCGAAGCCUGCGAAAGAACUCGUCACCCGGCUGCCCUCGCAGUGUGACCAGAUCUUCUGGAGCAAUGGCAUCCAAAUGCUGUCAAUGGGCCCGGCCAUGGACGUCCUAGGCUUGGCCUUUGACGCCAUGCUGGAGUCUGACCACAACAUGUUAGAGCUCAGAGCAGAGCUCUCGCUGUGA